UGUUGUAUAUGGUAGUCCAGAUUCAUUACUAGACAUCUGUGCCAAAGUUGUGGCGGAAAAUAUACCAUUUCAGCAAGUGGAACAAAGGUUCGAUCGGAUUCCCGAACCAGUUCAGGGACGGAUUGUGUAUUGGUCUUUCCCUCGAAAUGAGGACGAUAUUUGUAUGUACUCGUCUUUCACGAACUUCAACACCAAAGAAGGUGCUGAGACCCAAAAACUACCUUUUCACCAAGGAGUUAAGCUGCUGGAAAACUCCGCAGUACACGAUGUCCUCCAAAUCGGUUUCCACCUUAGCGGAACAGUCACUGAACCAGCCAAUCCACUAUAUUCCGAACCCGAAAGAGACUAUAAGGUGUCAAUCAGUUUUGAUAGGUGUAAGAUAACAGCAGUGAAGUGCGGCUGUGGAAACAAGGAUAUAUUUUGGUGCCAGCAUGUAGUCGCUCUGUCCCUUUAUCGUAUUAGAAAAGCUGACCAUGUUCAACUACGUGUGCCAAUAUCAGAAACUUUGUUACAAAUGAGCAGAGAACAGCUACAGAAAUUUGCCCAGUAUUUAAUUGCUGAACACCAUACUGAUGUCUUGCCAACUGCACAGAGAAUAGCUGAUGAAAUUGUUCAGGCAAAAUCUCAAAUCAACCUCUUACCAGGUGCUCCUGACCCAACAGCGGGUGCGUCUAUCGGGGACGACAACAGCUGGCAUCUUGAUGAGGAUCAGGUUCAGGAACAGGUGAAAUCUUACCUAUCUCAGGGAGGCUACUACAACACUUCCAAUCAGCUGAAUGCAAUGUUUGCCAAGGUGCGAGAGAUGCUGCGAGCUCGGGACUCUAAUGGUGCUAGAAUGUUGACCUUGAUCACAGAACAGUUUCUUGCCGACCCGCGGCUGUUUCUAUGGAAAUCGCAGGGAACACCAAUGACUGAUAAGUGUCGACUUCUCUGGGACGAAUUAGGGGCCUUAUGGGUAUGUGUUGUGCUGAACCCAAACUGCUCAUUGGCAGAGAAGCAGCAGUGGCACAGUUCUCUUGAGGAGUGGUCAAACAACCCUGUGUGUCCUCUGGAGGAUGCGGAUAGCAGACACUCCACUGACCAUCACCUUCAUGUUGCUCUUGGCAACAACAACUUCCUAGGCCAGAUUCCAGGUUCAUCAUUGUGGCCUCAGAGACAGAAACCCAGGACAAUAUUCCAGAGAGCAUUGGAGGCGGGUCAUCUGACUUGGGAGGAUCGUCAUCUACAACGCAUUUUACAUGAGGAUGGGCGCCGCUGCAAAACACACUCCAUGUCUGAUGUUUAUGACUCUCAGGGCUUCCCGCUGUGGCAUGAACAUUUGGCCACUGCUUGUGCACGAGUGGAUGCUUUACGUUCACACGGUUACUUAAAAGAGUCCCUGCGUCUGGCUGUGGCUAUUGUCAGAACUUUGAAGAGGCUACAGAGGAAAAAUCAGGAUAAAUAUAAAUUGGAUAGAUUUGAAGCAGCAGGGGAGUGCAUGCCAAGUACAAGCAGUGGUAUUACGCACCUUGGACUGUCCAGCCAUGCCUCUCUGACAGAUGGCUGGGUGGGACAUCCCUUUGACCCAAUAGGCUGUCUCUUUGACACCCUGGCUGAGGCAUCUUUAAGUCCCGAAGACAACUCAUCCCAUAGAGCUUCUGAGGCAUCAAGCAGCAGAUCCUCCCAGCGAGACCGUGAUCGAGAGCACAGAGAUCGUGAUCGGGACCGUGAUCAUAGAGACCGUGAUCGGGACCACAGAGACAACACUAAUCACAUGACACCUCCCCGUUACCGUCAUGUCCCUGUCCCUGAACAGCAUGAUUCCUACCUCACUUUAGCACUAGAAGUAGCUUUAAUAGGUUUAGGGCAGCAACGGUUGAUGCCAUCAGGCCUCUAUGCUCAAGACAAAACCUGUAAGCAGGAAGAGAAGUUGAUCAAUAAAUUACAGGAGAUCGAGUUGGAUUCCACUCUGGUCAAUGUCUUGAGAAAGCAGGUCACCUUGCUGAUAGAAGGUGGCCCGUCCAGUGGGCUGGGGGCUGGCAUCCACAUGGAGAGCUACCCAAUGCAUACAUUUGCACGCUACCUGUUCACUAGUCUCCUGCCCUAUGACCAGGACCUGGCCUACAGGGUGGGGCUCAGGGCGAUGAGACUGCCUGUUCUGGAGAACACAGAGGAGACGGAGGAUAUUGUCAACAACGUUGGCUCUGUGGUUCUUAGUCGCUUUCCACGGUGGUUUGUUCUUGGACACAUCGAAUCUCAGCAAUGUGAACUGGCUUCCACUAUGCUUGCUGCAGCUAAAAAUGAUAUCCGGAGACUGAAGACAGUGUUGGAAUCUGCACAGAGGCAUAUACGCAGCUCCUCACAACUCUUCAAGCUAUCCCAGGAUGCUUUUAAAAUAGCAACACCACCUGAUGUCCCUCGCCAAAUUCCUGCUCUUAAUGCAGCUUUUGAACUGGGUCUGCAGGUUAUGCGAAUGACUCUUUCGACUCUGAAUUGGCGCCGUCGUGAGAUGGUGAGAUGGCUAGUGACCUGUGCUACAGAAGUGGGCAUACAAGCCCUGCUCUCAAUCAUGCAGAACUGGUAUACACUGUUUGCUCCUAUAGAGGCCACAGGUACUGUGGCCAGCACUAUCAUGUCCCCAGCCACCAUGAUCCAGUUGAACCUGAACUACCACCAGCAGGAAGAAUUGGCCAGUUGUGCUCGGACCCUUGCUCUCCAGUGUGCCACCAAAGACCCCCCAAACUGUGCCUUGUGCGCGCUUCAUCUUUGCGAGAAGGACGCUAUUGCCUUUGAGACUGCUUACCAAAUCGUGGUGGAUGCUGCUGCACACAUCAUGAACUCCACCCAGCUAUUCACCAUAGCCCGAUACAUGGAGCAUCGGGGCUACCCUCACCGCGCCUACAAGUUAGCCUUGCUGGCCAUGAAAACCCUGCAUUUGGCCUAUAACCAGGACACCCACCCGGCCAUCAACGACAUCCACUGGGCAUGUGCCCUUAGUCAUUCCUUAGGCAAGGUUGAACUGGCCAACAUUGUUCCCCUUGUGGUGAAAAAUGUCCUGUGUGCUACAGUGUUGUCAGACAUCCUUCGCCGUUGCACACUUACGGCACCAGGCAUGGCCAGUCCCCCAGAUGGAAAACGACGGACUAUGAAAUUGUUGUCAUAUGACAAACAGCCCUUAAGACAGCUUAUGGAGGCGGCCAUUUGUGCUUACAUCAACACGACGCAUUCGCGCCUCACACAUAUUAGCCCCCGACAUUACGGGGAUUUCAUUGACUUUUUGAGCAAGGCAAGAGAAACCUUCCUUUUGGCUCAUGACGGCCACAUUCAGUUCUCUCAGCUCAUAGAAAAUAUGAAACUGGUCUACAAGGGGAAGAAGAAACUAAUGCACCUAAUAAAAGAAAGAUUUGGUCUUUGACAACAGGAGAUCUAGGGAAAUUUGCAAAAGACUGAUAGAUUAAGGUGGAAAGUUUGUUGAAUGAAUGCUACAUGCAACUGGUAUGAAUCUGUGAGUUUGAAAUGUGGCAUGUGACAUGCAUUAUCACUAAUGUUCUUCAAAGGAGUUAACUCUCCUUGUGUAAUUUGUACGGAUUAGUGUACUUCAGAAGCAAUCCAUUAGGAAUGCGGGUAAAUUUAUACAUGUAGAUGUACUCUACACGUACAUGGUAUCUUUAUAUGUAUAAAGUUUACAUAUAUGAGAUAUUGACAGCCUGACAGAAAGGAAUUAGUUGGAAUAGUGAAUUUUCAGUUGGCUGCCUAAGGUGCGCCAAUAAUAGAGCAUGAAUGUGACGCAUGAUUCUGUCAGAUAUUGUUUCUAUAUGGUUUUACAUGUAGGUGAUUUAUAUAUACAUAUAUAUAUACUUGUAGACAAAAUUAGUGUUAUUGGUGUAGUAUUUAAGUCCUGUUUAUGUUUAUCGUAGCGGAAGUGUAUCAUAGCGCCUGUUUUUCACUUGAUGACAACUUUCACUUCUUUAACCUGUUCCGUAUUAGUGCAUGUCAGAUGGUCUUUUAGAGCUCAUGUUCAUUUAAUUUUAUUAAUUUUUUUUUUCUUUACUCCUCUUUUAUUUAUGAAGUUGAUUUCAUCAUUUUGAUUAUUUUUUUGCUUUUAUCAUGGAUUUAAAUGGGAGGCACACUGAUGUUGGGAUUUGGAAAGGAAUUGUGAUUGUUGGAUUGGCUUAGGGAGCUAGAGUAGCAGAUUUUGGUAAGCCCAGUAUAAUUUAUACUUGCUCGUAACUAGCAGUGUCAUUAGUGUUAAAUAUACAUUGGUGUUUGUGAUUUGGCAGUAUUGUUUGGCUACCCUAGUGGUGUCACUCGGUGAAAAAUUGUGUGAUCCUCCCCUUAUAGCAUCAAACAUUUAUUUCCUUAAGGUGUUAAGGUCUGUUGUAUUGAAAGAUCAGUGUCCACUUGAAUAAAUGAUGAAACUGAGAUGUUUGAUCAAAGAAGGAAUGACGCGCAGCAUAAGAUCCAGACCCAUUCUACACUUGACUGGAGGUAAAACUGGCUAAAUGUGGGUAUCUGACUUAAUGUGAGCAUCUGAAGGUAGACCACUGAUUGUCCACUGUAAUGUGUUGUCAUUGAUCAAUCCUUAUUUAAAACUGAGGACCAUCAUAACUAAAACAAGAAUAAAUUUCAGGAUGUCUUUUUGGCAAAACAUAGUAUUCAAGUAGUAUUCACCUACGGAAAGUGCAGUUGGAGAUCUUUUAUCGUUACACAGGUACAGUAUUCAGCCAAAUAUUUAGAGGAAAACAGCAAUAGUUUAUAAAGUGAUCACUCGAAUAUUGUCUGUCUAAACUGGGCAUUCACAAGUAAAUGUAACCAAAGGUAUGGUAAAAACUGUGCACCACUGAUAUACUGACAGAUGUGUAGUUUUGGUGGAGGCCUACACAUUACAGUAUUAGGAGCUUUUAGAUGUAAGUGAUGGUAGAUUUAUUCAUGACCUCCAUGCUACAUUUGCAGCUUUUCUGGGUAUAAAGGCUUAGUUAACAUUACACACCAUCCAACACCUGUGUGGGUUGAUGCUGUUAAUAGCUGUAUAUGGAUUCUGUUGAUACAUGUGUAUGAAUGUAUUGUGUGUUUCAUGUGAGGAAUAGGAAUUAUCGGAAAGCAACAGAAUCCUAGUAGUGACUGGUUUAGCAUUUUGUUGUGUGU